UCCCGGUGUUGUCUGGCGCCGUUGUCUCCUUUGGUGCAGUCCAGGCUCGGCUCCGUUGCUCGCUUGCUGUCGCCGCCGCCGCCGUCUGGGCAGCCUCUGCCUCCCGUCCGCCACAAAGGGAGCGAUGGGCCCAGCGCUGCUGCUCGCGCUGCUCUCGGGCCUCGGAGCCGCCAAGCCUCUCCCUACCACAGGCAGUUUUCGUGGAGGGCACAACUUGCCUGGGAGUGCCCGGAAGGUUCGACGUGAGCUGCAGGGAGUGCCCUAUGAGGCUGUGGAGACUGCAUUGGCCAAUGAAGUGUAUUACCCGGAACUUGUCCGGCUGGCAGCGCUGGAGAGAGCCAUGUCAUCCCCUGGUGGUCAGCUGCAGGAAGAGCACCUCGCCCAGGCAUUAGAAAGAGCCAUGGCCACCUCCUCUGGUAACCAACUGCAAGACGACCGCUUGGCCCAGGCACUUGAGAGAGCAGUGGCACCACCUAGUAAUCAGUUCCAGCCAGAUGAGCGCCUGGCUCUCACUUUGCAGCGUCUCCUUCAGGAUGGGCAUCGCCGGGACCAGGAAUCUGUCUAUCUGGCAAACUUGCUAAAGCUUUGGGAAGAAGCCAAGGGUGCUCCGUUGUACCCUGAGUAUGAUGAGACUGGCUUAGCAGGUGGCUCCUCCCCACCUAGAUUGCUACCAAAUCGUUACUGGGUCCCGGAAGGAGGGUUUGAAGCCCAAGAAGAGCUGGGAGGGGAGGAAGAACCCACUGGAGAGAUGGACCCUGAAACGCUGAGGUACCUGGUUGGCAGAAUCCUAUCGGGAACAAGUAAUCUGAAUCCCCAGCGUCUCCCAAUGUCCCCAAGGCGCCUGCGGCGUGCUAUCUUUGAUGGAGACCUACCUGAGCCCCCCAAUCUUCUGCGGGUCAAGCGACUAGGUGGGGAGGCUGGGGGGGAGCCCCAGCUGCAACGAGUCAAGCGGACAGAAGGGGAAGUCGCUGGGGGGAGGAGGGGUGUCUCUGGGGGGAUGCCAAGGCUUCGGUAUCUUCCUGAAUAGCAGGAAUCGGCCUCUGUGUAAAAGAUUGGGGGCACCCUAACCCCCCUCUUCCAGUCUCUGAAUGUCAGUGGACUGUGAGUGACACCUAAUGUUUUUCCUGCCUCUUUUCUGCCUUGUGACCCCAAAAUACUGAGGAGGAAGGGGGAUAGCCUUGGGCUAGGCCCCCCCAAUCCCAGCUGUGUUAUUGUUAUUAUAGACAGGGAGGGACUCUGUUCCACACUAACCUUCUGGGUGUUCUGCUCGAAAGCUCCAGUUCAGCUAAGCCGAUGCAUUUUAAUGGUGAUCACUCCUCCUGUGCCAAACCCAGAGCUGGAUGCCAUCUUGGCUUUUUCUUUUUUGACUUUUAAUGUGGCUCAAAUAAACGCCCAGCCCCCACAUUUUCCUUCUGCCUUAAUAGUCCCAUUACUCAUCCCUUCUUCCCCACCCUCUGGUUUCCACUGGCUUGUUUCUGUCUGGUUUGUAAGGCCCCUUGUGUUUACCCAAACUCCGUAUGCACCCCCUGCUGAUUUGUUGCCAUGUUUGAUAAUGCUUGUGGCCAGAGUUUUUGGUGUUGAUGAAUUAAUAAAAAGUCCAUCAGGUAUUUUAAUGUA